AUGUCUUAUUGGUAUGGCAAGGUCGCCAAAAUAUAUUUGAAGGAACAAGGGGACACCCAUUGGUAUUACAGACGGAUGGACUUGGAGGAUAAUGGAGUAGACCUGGCUCAAUACAUGGGCGAGUAUGAGCUUGUGCUCAGCGACCACAUAUCUUUAGUGGAUAUGACAUGCGUCGAAGACCAUGCUUUGAUCGUCAGCUAUGAUGAAGGCAACAUUUCACAACGUCAACUACCACCCGAGACCCCAUACCAUCGUUGGAAUGUGGAAAUAAAAUUUGUGAAGAGCAGGACGAAAGUGCGCCUUCAUGAUCGACGUCCUACGCCAGUGUUGCCGGCUAUAUACAACGAUAUUCAGUUGGAGGCAGAGUUCCUCACCAUGUUUACCAUGCCAAUUUGCCGUGGUGGUCCAUUUGGGGUGGUCGGCAAUGGAUCUAUUUAUUCUCGAGCGAAGUUGCUCUUGAGAGAGGCGAGGACGCAUGGUAGCAUGCCAGAGGCAUGGAGAGAUAUCCUGGGGACAAUCGAAGAUGUGGAUGGGGAGUGUUCAUUCAAAGUCUCUGGAAUGGCCUCACAGAGCUGCCCGAUCGCUGCACACUAUCGGGUGCCCCUUCGAGCCAUCAACAAGAAAUUUGGACUCUACAGGCAUAUUGUGACCCACCUGACCGACUCUCGAAACCCUCUGGCUAUACAACUACGAGAUACAUACCUUUCUGUCAUGGACUAUAUGCACGAUGUGCGCAUCGCAUUUUUCACGGAUGCUCGAGGAUCUGCAAAUCCUCUCGAAGCUGGAUUUAGGUCUCCAGCAAUGGAUUACUAUCUAUGGUUGGACCAUAAGGUCGGCGCCUUCCAUGAUAGGAGUCGUGAGAUCCUGGAAAAGGAUCAUAAUGUAACCUUCAAGUCCCUACAGAAUAGGGAGGGCAAUGAUAUCAUAACGUUACGUAUGUGGUCCACCAUGAAUCACCUCGAUCUGUCUCUGAUCUGCGAUGAAGUUGAUUGGAAUGCCUAUCACACGACUAACUGUAAUGAAUACGAUCUGUGCGGUGUAUUUCAGGGCUGUGUUUCCGAAGAGGAUCUUCAACGACUUCUACAUGCAGUCGAUUCCUCUAUGGAUGGAAGUGACGUGCCCAAGGAAUCACAAAGCCCGACACCUGUUCAUUCGACGGACAAAAAUAAUCAGACCAUAUCUUUGAAAGAUACCACGCCGGUCGAUAGUGAGAAGCUGUUGGAUGCAGUUGAUUUAUAUGCAACUCUUGCUCCAAAUGAAUCUGCCAGAACUACCGUGGCUCGUUCCACAGACACAGUCACCACUGUCAAUCAGACAACUGAAAUACCAGAUGUCGUGUCACUGGGUGUACAAGCGGGAAGGACCACUCCUGGAGAUGCGGUUGAAGAUGAUGCCUGCGUCGAAAGUACUGGCGAAAGUCCAAAUUCUGCAUGUUUACCAAAGUCGGUCUUGAGACCUUUCCCACUUCCAUUCGACUGGAAUUACUGCAAGCGUGCCCUUCGGACCAUGGGUAUCAAGGCCACUCGUGUUGAUCUUUCACGGUGGUUCAUCGCACAUAUUGUAGUCCGAUUACGAGAACUGCAUGGACUGGAUGAGGACACCCCUCUUGACGACGCCUUUCAAAACGGGUCUGUUAGUGAAGCCACCUAUCAGGAGUACUGCGAAUUAUAUGGCAUAUCAAAUUUCCUGAGCGCGACACAGACCAUUCCACAGGAGCGACAGAGUAUCGCACAAUUCUUUAUUUCUGCUGCUCGUGGUCUGAGCCUGUCAAACAUGCGUGUUGAUUGUGCUGUCCAAUGUGAUGCAGAGUCGUGUGGGGCACCUGUGGACAGUGACAAAACAUUUAACGAUGAUGGAGUGCAACUGGAACUUUGUACGCACCACGAAGCCAGUGAACCACAUGGAGCGGACGAAGAAUAUUAUACCAAAAAUUUUGCACUUCCUGUUAGUUGA